CACUCUCAAUGUUUAUGAGUGAGUGAGUGAGUGAGAGGGAUUGACAAAGCCUGGUUUCUCCAGGGGAGUUUCGCCCUUCUGCUUCGCUCAGGUCAAGUAACCCGGGAGGGACUGGCAGCUCAUGAAUAUUUAGAGGAGGGAGUCCGGGCUGCGAGAGGCGGCGCUGAUCGAGUGAGCGCUCCUUGGAAAUUGAGUCCCAACUUUUUUUUUUACUUGGCAGGAAUUCGGAGACGGUCGAUCAUGAAAACGUUGAUUGCUUUACAUCCGCACUUUUGAAGACCGGAGGGCAGGGGAUGGGAGGGGGGAAAGUCUUUGUUUAAGCAACAAGAACAAAAAGUUUUAACUGUUAAAAGUUUUCGAAAACUUUUCGAAACUUUUUCAAAAGUUUAGUAUUUAUUAUUAUUUUAUUUCUGUGUCCUUUCAAUUCGCGCACAAGCCUGCCAUGGAUCCGAAUCCUAUCCCGCCACCGGGUCAGACGAUCGUCCGGGUGCUGGGGGACUCGGAGACCGACCUGGAAGCUUUAUUCAACGCUGUGAUGAAUCCGAAACCGGGCACCGUCCCACACCAGGUGCCCAUGAGAAUGAGAAAGCUCCCCGAGUCGUUCUUCAAGCAGCCCGAUUCGGGAUCCCACUCCAGGCAGUCGAGUACGGACUCCAGCAAUAACUUGCCUCAACUGCAAGUUCAACACAUCCGCUCCCACUCCUCUCCUGCCUCGCUGCCGGUCAGCGCUAACCCUAACCCGCAGCAAUACGGACAUCUCCGGCAGCAAUCGUUCGAUAACAUCGAUGAUGUCCCCUUGCCCCCGGGCUGGGAGAUGGCCAAGACCCCAUCGGGCCAGAGAUACUUCCUAAACCAUGUAGACAGGAUAACAACAUGGCAUGACCCACGGAAGACCAUGAGCCAGAUGAAUCUAAACACAGCCGGGACAUCAAAUCAGAUGCAGCAGAGGUCCAUGGCUGUGCCUCAUCCGAAUCCAGUGAUGAACCAACAGCAGAUGACACCAAACACCACUGUGACCCCCUCCGGCAUGCCCUCCCAGAAUCCUCGGCUGGCCAUGAUGAGUCUCUCCAGCGCCUUGACGGUACAGCAGAAACACCAGCAGAAGAUGCGGCUCCAGCAAAUCCAGAUGGAGAAAGAGAGGAUCAAGCAUCUGCAGCAGGAACUCAUGAGACAGGAGAAGGCCUUAUAUAAUCAGAUACCCAAUCAGAUUCCCAUUGAAUCAGACAACCUCCCCGCAGCCCAGAAUGCUGUCUCUACACCAGCGAUGACGCAGGAGAUGCACGCCAUCACCAACAAUGGCUCUGAUCCCUUCCUCAACAGUGGACCAUACCACUCACGGCAGGCAAGUGCAGACAGUGGCUUAGGACUGGGAAGAACACCUGAAGACUUCUUGGGGCAUGUGGAGGAAAUGGAUACAGGUGAUAUGGGCCAGACUGCGAUGACUACAAAUCAGCCCAGCCGCUUCCCUGACUUCCUGGAUUCCCUGCCUGGAACCAACGUGGAUCUCGGGACCCUGGAAGGCGAGGACCUGAUGCCAAGCCUGCAGGAGCCCUUUGGCUCGGACAUCUUGCCUGAUGUGGAGUCCAGCCUCAAUCCUAAAGAGACUUUCCUCACUUGGUUGUAAUCACUGCAGGAAGCGAGAGGAAGGAAGAAGGACAACUAAAAUGGAGAUUGAGAUGGAGUUACCUUUUCUGCUUGGAUCAGAGGCAGAAUGCCUCAAGUAGUGCUUUUUUGUUUGCCUGACAACUUUCAUGUUCGUCCCUACAACCCAAAGUGGUAUAUGCUUGUCAUUUAACUAAAGGCGGCUAGCAGUACUUUAUAUGAACUAUAUCCUAGAACUAUCUCAAUGUCUUUGGCCUUCCACAUAAUCAUGGGAUUAACCUUUAGUAGAAGAUCAAAGAUUCCACUGCUUGACCUGUCUUGCAUGGCCAAAUGGAUGAUUCUUUUUCCAUAUUAUAAUAUUAUUAUAUUAUUAGCAACUAAAGGAGGUUUGAAAAUCUGAACCUAAGAGAUUAACCAUUUGUUUUGUGAUUGGAAGUCUCUUUGGUUCAAUGUUGAAUGGAAGGUUGGGUGGGGAAGGAUUGGGAUAGGGUGGGGGGAGGGGGGAAGGUUAUUCAUACUCAAGUAGUUAUUUUGGUGAUCUUUUAUCAGGAGAUUGAAGUGAUGCCAAGAACUUCUCAUCUAUUUAACAUGAACAGAGCUUUAAAAUUGUUUGUAUUGUUCAAUAUAUAAAAUAAUGUACAAAAGGAGGGCAAAUAUGGAGUCCAAAGUUUGGUCGCCAUGACGAUAGUGUCCAUUUGCACAUGAGGCCCUUCUGGUUGUUCAUGUUGCAAGUAUAUAUUACUCGUCAUCUAUUACUUAUUUCUCAUGACUUAGAUGCCAAUGUCGAUAGACUUAUCACUAUCAAACAUCUUACCUUUGCCUGUCAUAUAUAGUGAAGGUGUUAACCAUUUAAAACUAUCUUUAACACCACUGUGGAAAGGGUAGACAGGGGAAUAGGGAGUAAGUUUGCUGAAACCCUUCAUUUCACCUUUAGCUUCUAGGCAUCUCAAUUUUCAAAGCUUUGAGAAUAUAACAUAGCCAAAUUUAAUGAUAUUCCCUCAUAGUUUGUUGUUAUAAUACUACGUGCUGUAAAAAUAGACUUUUGCAAAGAAAAAGCUAUGACAUUUUUAUCAAGUGGCAACUUAAAUAAUUUUUUAAGAAAACCUUUUUUUAAAUUAUUAUUGUAAGGAAACUUGGAUUUUGGAUUUUUAACACAUUGAAUACUCGAAUUGUUAUACUGUAAAAAAAAAAAAAAGUGUUGGAACUUGGAAUGACAAAGAGGGAAAAUGGUGUGAUGGGUUGGGAAAGGUCAGUAAGGAACAGGAUGUAUUGUGCAAGUUGGGAGUGGAAAGUGAUGUUGGAUUUGUAGCUUUGUUGUUCUGAGUUGUGGGUCAAAGUCCUCAUGGAGGUGCCCUCAUUACAAAAUAAGGCUUGAUACCCAGGCUUUGAUACAGUCUGAAGGAACUUGCGACGCCACUUGGCCAUCCGUGAUUCCUUUUCGCAGGGAAGUGGGUCAGGAACUCCAGUGGGAAGCGCGGGAGAGAGUGGCUGAUGUAAAAUGAAUUUGUGGUAAAUGUUAAUCAUUCGUUUUGACGACAGGAGGAGAGGUCGGGCCUGGCAAUGCAGUCUGUAGCACCGAGAGUUCAAUUCCUGAUGCUUGAGACUGCAUUACGAACUCUAUGAGCCCGGUAUUGUAGCUGCUCUUGUGUGUCUGUGUCUGUGGAUAGAUGCAAAAAGCUGGAGUAACUCAGCGGGUCAGGCAGCAUCUCUAGAGAAAAGGAAUAGGUGACGUUAACGGGUCGAGACUCUUCUUCAGGCUGUGUCCAUCUAAGUGACAGACCCAGUAUAAAGCAUGGGCGUGGGAUUACCUUUACCCCUUGUGCUUGUCCCCCACCUCCCUUUUAAUCCUGAGUAGUUGGAGGAAGGUCUCUAAAUGGAAAUAAUGCAUAAUUGGACAGAGAAAGUCAAUGAGGUUGCUGCGUGCAUUUUUUUAGCCAUUUUUUCUGCGGUUUGUUCACAGGACCCUCUGUAAGCAAAAUAUCCCUGGAUCGGGCAAUGCAUAAACAUUGGACUCUAAGAGUUGUCUGAAGGUACAUUGGAUCUCUGAGCCAAUAUGCCAUCACCCCAAGCUUGGCCACUAACUCCUGCUCCCUUCCCUUGGUUGCAUGCGUUUCUGGAGGUGUGUGGUGUUUUGAUAGGAGGGGUUGCAUUGGAACUUGUGGCAGUGAGGAGUUGCAAACAAGGAAGGAAAUCACUUCAUGUUCACUUUGGCCAGUGGUGGGAGUGGUAAUGAGGUAUUGAUGAGUGUGGGUGUCAGGAGGGGAGGUGGGGUAGGGUGGAGGGGGAGGAAUAGACUUCAGGCUUGGGGUUAUUCCUGGGCUAUCGUUUCCUCCCAGCCAGAGGUGAAAGGACAGAAAAUGGGGAGCGUCCAGAAACCAAAUAACUGUCCUCACCUCUCUAAUAUAACCUGAAUUUAUCAAUCUUUGUUCAUAUCUGGGAAGCUCUUUCCUGACAGAAUUGGCACUGUGUCUGAUUUUUAAAAAUAUAUAUAUAUAUA